UAGUAAUAAGCGACACAAUUCUUUAUUACGAUAAGCAAGAUCGGAUGAAAAUUUUCAACUUCUAAAGAAAGAAUUCCGUUUCUACGACGUCUGGGACAAUUUGCACACAAGUUUGCAGGUGUAUUUCUCUUGGAGAGCUGGAAUAAGGUGUUGUCUCCCAAGUGAUAUCCUCCAUAUCAGCUAUUUUUUAAAAAGACGAUGAUGAUUUCGAUCAGUCGGCUACGACGAACUAUCGCCUUGAGCAUGCUCCUUUUUAACAUCAGUGGAACAACGGGAUAUCCUUCGGGAAUUGAAAUUGUAAAUGCAUCAUUCUGUGGAAAUUAUGAUAAGCCUCCAACGUUUAAAGUUUCUCAUUGGCCUUUCAUUCCCACUGGUGUUCUUGUCAAUUUGAGUGUAACAUUUACACCUGUGGUGAAUGUUUUGGAGGCGAUCUUACAAUACGAAUUGGUCUCAGCAGACGGUGAGGUUGUUUUCAGGAACAGAUACGACCGUGUAUGCAUUUCUUCCCCAGAUCUGUGCAGCUUACCUGCUGGUG